AUGAAGAUACUCUGCUUGCAUGGCAAAGGUACUAGCGGACAAAUCUUCCAGUCUCAAACCGUGUCUCUGCGGCGAAGAUUUGAAGAGCUCAACCCAGGACUGACACUUGAAUUUGAUUUUGUCGAUGGCCCGCAACACUCUACACCAGCUCCAGACACGCCAUUGUUCUACAGCCCACCGUACUAUGCCUUUUACGAGGGAACCGACAUCAAAGCCAUCCGUAAGGCCCAUGACUGGUUGAGCAGUGUCUUGCAACGACAAGGCCCCUAUGAUGGAGCCUUGCUAUUCAGUCAGGGCUGCGCACUUGUGUCGAGCUAUAUUCUAUACCAACAAUGGUUCGAGCCGGAGAGCCCUCCACCUUUCAAAUUCGUGAUGUUCAUGUGUGGUGGUAUCCCCAUAACGGCCUUAAAGGAUCUAGGCGUGCCGGUAUCCAAAGAGGUGGAGGAACUGGAUCAGGCUACGAAGCGGCAAUUGUCGGAAAAGACGACGUACGAUAUUACAAGAGAUCGCUGGCAGUUGACUGACUACGCAAGUGUCGCACGUCGUGCUCAAUUCGACUCGGACGACUGCUUCGGUUUAAAUUUGAACAAAAUUCCCCUGGAGUUAAAGAUUAGAAUACCAACUGUGCAUGUGUAUGGCAGGAAAGAUCCUCGACUGCCCGCAUCUGUGCAAUUGGCCGGAUUGUGUGAUCCGUACAUACGGCAAGUCUACGACCAUGGUGGUGGCCAUGAAUUACCAAAAAGUAAGGAAGUUUCAGAAGCGUUGGCUCAAUUAUUGCAAUGGUGUAUCCACAGAGGACAGUGGCCAGGACAAGAGUCUCUUGACUAG